AUGGGCGGCGGCGCCUCCUGCGACGCCGGCGCGCCGCGCGACGAAGUCAUCGUCGACGGCGACGCGGGCAUCCUCGAGCGGGCCGGCGCAGAGCUCCUCGAGCGGCCGGCGCCGGCGCGGGAACUGCGGCGCCUGAUCGACGGCGGCGGCCUGUGCGCCGUCGUCGCGCCGAGCGGCAGCGGCAAGUCGACCUUCGUCGCGUCGGCCGUCGCGGCGCUGCGCGCCGAGGGCGCCUUCGACGUCGUCCGCUGCGUCUUCGUCGGCGCGGCGGCGGGGUCGACGUCGCUGCCGCGCGCGCUCGGCGCGCUCUGCGCGGCGCUCCGGCGCGACCUCGACGCGCGGGGCCUGGCGCCGCCGGCGGCGACGAUCCCGGACGACGCCCUGGGCCUCGGCGGCUGGUUCGCCGCGGCCCUCGAGGCCCUCGCGGGCGACGGCGCCAAGGUGCUCGUCGUCCUCGACGCGCUCAACGAGCUCGACGGCGAGGCGGCGCGCGCCCUCGGCUGGAUCCCCGCCGGCGGGCCGGCGACGAUCCUGGCGACGUGCAUCGAGGGCGGCGCCAACGGCGGGGACGCGCGCGUCGUCGAGACGCUGCGGGCGCUCCGGGCGCGCUUCGACGUCGCCGGCCGGACGCUCGCGCUGCCGCCCCUCGACGCCGGCGAGCAGGCGGCGCUCCUCGCGCUCGGCGGGUCGAUGGCGGCGCUGCGGAAGCUCGAGGGCAAGGCGGACCGGUCGAGCCCGCUCUACCUCCGGCUCGUCGGCUACGUCGCGGGCGACUGGCCCGGCACCGUCGCGGGCGCCUACGACGCGCUGCUCGCGGCCCUGCCCGACGACGCCGCGGCGAAGCUGCUCCUCUGUUCCAUCUGGGUCUCGGGCGGCGCCCUGUUCCCCGCGGAGCUCGUCGACGUCGUCGGCGAGAAGCCCGCGAAGGCGCUCGCGGCCGCGCUCCGCGGCGCCGCGCUCCGCGAGGCGGCGCCCGUCGUGCGCUUCGUCCACCAGCAGGCGCGCGACGCCGUCGAGCGGCGCUGGCUCGGGAAGAAGGGCGCGAAGCGCGACGCGCACGCCGUGCUCUUCCGCUACUUCGCCGCGCGCUACGACGGCGGCGACGCGGGCGCGCAGGUCCUCUCGCGGCUGCCGGCGCACGCCGUCGGCGCCGGCGACGCCGCCGCCGCGAAGAGGUACCUCUGCGCCGUGGCCUACGGCGAGCGCAAGUGCGCGGCGGGCCUCGCCGGCGACCUCGCGCGCGACUACGAGGCCGCGGCGCGCGCGUUUCCAAAGGAGCGCGCGUUCCGCGACUUCGCGGAGACGGCGCGGGCCAACGCGCACGUCCUGGGCCCGGACCGCUGGGUCGCGGGCCUCUGGGCGCAGCAGGCGCGGAACGCGCGACGCACGUCCGAGGUGCGCGCCGCCGCGCCCGACGCCGGCGGCCUCUUCCUCUGGCGGAACGGCGACGAGAAGCCGCCGCCCUGCGUCGCGACGUUCGCGAACCCCGCGUGCGACUUCUGGGCCGCGUCCGCGUCCCGGAGCGGGACGCGCGUCGCCUGCGGCGGCUCGGACCGCAAGGUCCACGUCCUCGACGGCGACGGCAACGAGCGCGCGCUGCUCGCGGGCCACGGCGACGACGUCUCGCUCGUCGCGUUCUCGCCGUCGCGCGAGCACCACCUCCUGAGCGUCGCGCGCCGGGGCGACGGCGGCUCCGACGCGUUCCUCUUCGACGUGGACACGGCCGAGAAGCUCGCGGCCUACGACGUGCCCGAGGGCUUCGUGUGCGACGCGCGCUGGGCGCCCGACGGCGAAAGGUUCGCGCUCGCGCUCGGCGCCGCGUCCGUCGUCUUCGCGGGCGACGGGUCGUCGAACGCGCGCCUGGCGACCGUCGACGGCGGCGCGGCCGCCGUCUGCUUCUCCGCGGACGGCGCGUCGCUGCUGGCCGCGCGGGGGACGGCGCUCGCGGCGUGUCCGAUCGGCGCGUCGGCGGCGCCGUCGGCCUUCGCCGCGGCCCACGACGAGAAGAUCAACGCCGUCGACGCCGUCGAGGCCUGCGUCGCGACGGCCGGCGACGACGGCAGGGUCGCGCUCUACGACGCGACGACGGGGACCGUCGCCCGCGUCGUCGCGGCGCACGGCGACGUCGCCAAGGUCGUGCGGCUCUUUCGCUUCCAGGACGAGCUCUGGGCGCUGUCGGGCUCCGAGGACCGGACCGCGCGGUUGAUCUGCGCGAAGACGGGCGCGUCGCACGCGCUCCGGGGCCACAGCGCGGCCGUGUCCGCCGUCGCGCCCUUCGGCGGCUUUUGCGCGACGGCGGGCGACGACGGCACGUGCCGCGUCUGGGACCUGCGCUUGGUCCAGACGCAGGACGCGAUCCCCGGCAGCGACCGCGCCAUCUCGGGCGUCGUCUGCCGCCCGGACGGGUCGCUCGUCGUCGCCGACGUCGGCGGCGUCGUCCGCGCGUUCGACGCGACGGGCGAGGCGGUCCUGUGGACGGCGCCGAAGCUGGAGAGCGGCGGCCACGACGCGAUCACGAGCCUCGCCCUCGACGCCGACGGCGCGCGCGUCGCCUGCGGCGCCUACCGGCGGCUCCACGUGCUCGACGCGACCACCGGCGCGUCCCUGGCCGCGCUGCCGUUCGGCGACUGGGUGAACGCGUGCGCCUGGGGCGCCAAGGAUCUCGUGAUCUUCGCGGGCGACGCGGCGGCGGUCGUCGUCAUGGAUCUGGCCGGGCCGGCGCCGGCGGUGCUGACGACGCUCGACCACGACCGCGCGGCGAAGACCGACAGCGUGCUCGCGGUCGCGACGGCCGCGGACGUCGUCGCGACGGGCGACAACGACUGCCGCGUGCGCGUCUGGACGGGUUUGGACAGCGCGACGCACGUCGCGUCGGAGGAUUUGGGCGGCUGGGUCACGUCGCUCGCGCUGUCGCCGAACGGGAGCGACGUCCUCGCGGCGACGUUCGGCCGCGACGCCGCGCUCCACCUCCUCUCGCGGCGCGAGGGCCGCCUGGAGAUGAUGGCGCGCGGCGCCCUGGGCUCGCCCAUCGCCUGGUGCGCCGUCCUCGCGGGCGACCUCUUCGUCACCGCGUCCGAGAGCAAGCUGCUCCACGCGUGGCGGCCGCGGCCGAACCGCGCGCUCAACCGCGGCCGGCCCAAGGAGCUCCUCGAGGUCGUCGCGCUCUUCCCCGCCGCCGCGCGCUUCGGGUCGCCCGACGGCGUCGGCGGCCAGGGCGCGGUCCACGCGGACACGGCGACGCUCGCCGUCGGCGACGAGGCCGGGCGGCUCUACGUCCUCGACCUCGACGUCGACGGCCACUUCAAGACGGUCUGCCCGCCGUCGCCCGGCGGCUCCCCGAAGCGGAUCUAUCCACAAUAA